CUGUGUUUGGAAGGACACGUGGACAGUCAGCUAUGUGGGUGAACCUUUCCCUUUAUCCCGCUGCAGCGCCAGCUGCAGAGCUCCAGCCGGCGGCAGAAGCAGGGCAGUGGACAGUGGUGGAGGUAGAGCUGGCUCCAGCUCCGUCAAUACCACCCCCUCUAGCGCUGGAGCCAGCGUCCCCUCCCUCAGCAGUGUUGGAGCUGGAGCAAGGGCCCACGUCGGCUGCAGCAGGAGUGGGAGCUGCUGAGCUGGAGUCACCUGGACCAUCACUUCUAGUGGGAAGUCCAUCUCCACCUGUGGCCAUUAAGGAGGGUGAGAAGAAGCCUAACCUCACCGCCUUCCCUCCUAAGCUGGUGGCGGAGCAGUUGACCGUGAUGGAUGUGGAGCUCUUCCGGAAGGUGGUGCCCUCUCAGUGCCUGGGCUCCACCUGGGGCAAGAGGAACAAGCCCAGCAAUGAGCACCUGGCACCCACCGUCCAGGCCACCGUCGACCACUUCAGAAGGGUGGUCAGCCUCGUCGUCACCACCUGCCUCGGGGACCCGAGCAUGACGGCCCAGGACAGGGCGAGGGUGGUGGAGCACUGGAUCCAGGUGGCCCAGGAGUGCGAGAUCCUGAAGAACUUCUCCUCGCUCCGCGCUGUCAUCUCUGGUCUGCAGAAAACCUCCAUAAGCCACCUGAAGAACACGUGGGCGGAUGUUUCCCGGGUGUCGUCCCCUAUCUUGGCACUUUCCUCGGUGACCUGCUGAUGCUGCACCUGGCGAUGGGUGAUUAUCUCGAGGGGAAUGAGAUCAACCUUGAGUAAAGGACUGAAGAAUACCGAGUCAUAAGGGAGAUCCUGCUGCUCCAGGUGGCUUCAAAGAAUUACAACCUAGAGCCCGAGGAUCGAUUUGGGGCCUGAUUCCAGGACAUGAAGCUGCUCAACGAGAGUGAAAGCUACAGCCUGUCCUGCCAGCUAGAGCCCCAGGCCUAGUUGGCCUGCAGAAUACUCAAGGCCCAGAAGAACCGGCCACCAUCAAGGUCAGGGCCCCCAGGCCCCAACGCCGAACCCCGUACCAGUGGCCGAUCACAGUCCCAUCCUCAGCAGCGGGGACACUGUUGGGAUGCUUGCGAUGCACCGGGUCAGCUCCUCCCACUUGAUGGGAAGGGGAGCAUUGUAAGCUGAUUCCUGGGGUCCCCUGAAGCCCAAGAGAGAAGGGACGACCCCAUCCCAGCUCCCUGACAUCUCUACCUCAGCACCUACUCACCCAUUGGGGAGGGUCAGUGGUUAUUUGUUGUAAAUAAUAAAUGACAUAUUUGAAUAUUAUAUUAAAGUCCUGUUCCCUUUACAGCUUGG